UUUUUUUGUUUGUUUUAUAGGAAGCAGAAUUGGAAAGCUGUGAUGUUAAUACCAUGCUGCUGGUGCAUUUCUUUGGAAAAGAAGGAAAGGAAAAACUUCGCUAUUCUGAGUUUUUCAGGUUCAUGGAAAAUUUGCAAACAGAAGUGCAAGAAAUGGAAUUCAUACAGUUUUCCAAGGGAUUGAAUGUCAUGAGAAAGGAGGACUUUGCAGAAUGGCUACUGUAUUUCACUGAUGAGGAAAAUAAUGAAAUCUACUGGCAAAACGUGAAAGACAGAUUUGAAGCAGGAGAGAAUAUCAGUUUGGAAGAAUUUAAGACUUUCUGCAAGUUUACAAACAACCUAGAAGACUUUUCUAUUGCCAUGCAGAUGUUCACCGUAGCCAAUCGUCCUGUUAAACGAGCUGAGUUCAAGAGAGCAGUGAAGGUGGCAACAGGACAGGAGCUCUCAGAUAAUAUUCUGGAUACCAUCUUCAAGAUUUUUGAUCUAGAUGGAGAUGACUGCCUCAGCCACGGCGAGUUCCUUGGUGUCCUGAAGAAGCGAAUUCAUCGAGGUUUGAGGGUACCACAACAGCAAGGCAUUCAAGGGUACUGGAAGUGCGUGAAAAGAGAAAGCAUUAAAGGAGCAAAAGAAUUGUGGAAGCAAAGUGGGAAAAGUCCUUUUUAAAAGUGUCCAUUAUUGCUGGUUUGCUGUAAAUGUUAUGUAGGGUUUUUUUGUCUGUCCUGUUUACAUAACAGCUGAAUCAAAAAUACUUUUUUUUACUACAGCUGAACUAAAUUAACCCAAUAUCUAAUGCAAAAAAAAAAGAAAAAUUAUAUCGUUCUAGUAUAAUCAGUUGGGUUUGCAGAAUUGUUAUCAGGUUUGACCUCCCUACAGAAAUACUCUUGUUCUAGGGAGUAAUGCUAUUUAUUUUUCUGUGGAGUCUGACCCUGCUCUGUGACGUCUGGGAUGCAUAGGAUUUAAUAGUGGCCACUGGCUGGAACAUCCCAACAGUAUCAUCUCCUGUUGGAAGAGUGGUCAUCAUCUCAUCCGGCCACUAACACAGCAGUUCUCUUUCCCUGGCAAAGACAGAGGUCUGAAAAGGGAAACCAUUUGCACAGUCCAUGCAAGUCAAGGUACCUGCAUCAAAAACAAAAUCUCACAUGGCUUGUGCCCCCAUUACUGUGAGCUGCUUGUUGCUAGUUCCUGGCAGAUGGUUCCACCAGGUCCAGGGUAGAUGUCUGAUUUGUCUGCCUUUGUUGAUAAUAGCUUUAAACUGGAAAUAUAAGGCUGCUGAUACUGGCUUUAAAAGUUACAUGUUGAUCUAUGAAUGUGUAUCGAGCCUCUCAGACCUCUUCAACAAACAGUAUAAACAAGAAGGAAAAAUCCUCAUCCUUAUUCUAUCAUAAGCAGUGAUUACACCUUGAUUUGUAACUAUUUUGCUUAAUUGUAAUGCAGAAGAUAAAUGUGUAACAAAUAUUUACUUUGUGUUAGUAACAAUUAUGACAGGGAAUGCUGCAGUAUCUCAGGAACUCAAGGUUAUAACAAGCAUUGGCAGGAAUAAUAGACCCAACAAAAAGUAAACAAAUUGUUUAUGACUCCGAAUUGCAAAGCUAGACAUAAGAUGUCAAUCAAUAAAACAAAAAGAAGGUAAAAAUUAACGUGAAUGUUUUUCAGCCAUAUCACAGUGUGCUUCUCUGUAUACACACAUAUGCAUGGUGCAUGAGUUUUUUUCUCACAGACUCAAGAGCCUGUAGUCACAGCUCCAGAUCAGUUGGUUCCUGGUUGGUCACUGCAUAUAGGAGACAGACUUUAACACACAGAGCUGUCAGCGUUGUCUGUUUUGUCCAGGCUGGGGUAAAGGCCUGACUUCAAGGCCUUGUUAUAACAGACUCAAAAAACAAACUGGGUAAGACAACCAAGAAAUCUCACCAGAUUCCCACCUAAGGAGGGUUACAGGUAAGAUAUUUGGUAUGUCAGUGGCCAUCAGGCAAGCUCGUGCUAAGGAAGAGUCCUCCCAGGUCUCAGCACUCUAGAGGGAAGCAAGCAAAGCAGCAGCAUGCAACCACCUGCUACUCUUCCCUAUGCAGCAUUCUCUUGGAGCUUUAAUUUAAAUUGUGUGAAAGAGAAAAUGCUUUUCUUUGUGUGAUCUGUAAGUAUGCACCCAGUCUCGUCCACAUGAACAGGAAUGUUACUGUGGGUGCCCCAGGACCUGUCUAGAAAAUCAGGUACCAGUGACUGCCAAGGAUCCCUCUGCUUCCGCCAGGAACCUCUCAAAAAUGAAAUAAAAUGCAGUAAAUGCCACUGCCUCUCCCCCUUAUGCUGAAAUGGCACUGCUCUGUGAGCAAUGAGAAAUCAGGCAGCUGUUUUCACUCUGUGCUUUUGGAAGCUGUUUAUGGUGAUGGGAACUAUGAGUAAGAGCUGUUGGGAGCAGAGGUGGGGCAGCAGGGCUGGCUUCAGAUCACUAAACAUUUUUUUUAAAGGACAAAAUCAAGCAAGACACUUCGGUAUCACAGAAGUGUGUGUGUGUUCCCCUGCAGUGGGCGUUGUUCCAGCUCUGCUAUAAUACAAGGCAGCCUUUUACUUGUUGCUGUUCAUAUUUUGGCAAAUUGACUUUACUUUGGAAUGGAGGUAAUUGUUUAACAAUUUAUUCUGUGAAUUCUUAAUAGGUUUUUGAUGUUCUACAUUGCUUUUGUGGUUGUUUUUUGUUUUGUUUUGUUUACCAAUGACACAUAUCCUGCAAACUGUUUGGUUUUCUGUUGGAAAAAUCAAUUCAUCUAGCUUUAGUGUAUCUAGGAGUUUAAUGCCUCAUUGCUCAUUCGUAUCUGGGUUUGUGCAAUCAGCAAUAUCUGCUUUUGGCAGCAAGUUACUAAAAAUGGAUUUCAAGUCUUAUUUCUUAGCUAAAGAUCUGGUGUCCAGUUCAGAGGAAAAAGAAAACAGAUACGCUUAUUUUAAAACAAACGCCAUGUCUAUAGUAAAAUAAGAAAUGGAAUGAUUACAUAGGAAUUAAAGUGCAAUCAGCAUUUUCAGAAGAAACUAUCCUGAAAGUACAGCCAGGAAGGAAUUCCUCCGAAUGCCAGGGAAGAUUUGUCUGUUGAAAGAUCAGGCUCUGUGUUUAAUCUAUAGCUUAUUUUUGUUUGUUUUCACCAAAAAGAUUUGUGAAACAGUCUUAAAAUCAUUUCUCAGAUAAAAUAUCUUAGACUGAAAGAGCUGUUUACAUAAGUGUUUAGACUGACCUUGUCUUAUGAGGAAUCCAUUGUAGUUUUGAUUUUUUUAAGUUCCUUUUAGUAACUGUAUGGUAUUUGCAAGCUGUCUGUCAGCAUUACUCAACAUAAUUUAUUUAAAGGUCUUGCCUACUGCCAAUGUACCAAUUAAGUGUAUCAAUUACAACUUUUUUAAUCCUAGGAAUCCUUCCUCUGAACAGAAAUAUACUAAAAAUGAAAUAAAAUUAAAUGCUAAAAAACAAA